AUGACUGGCCUGAGGAUGCUGAAUCUAAUCACCUUCUUUCUUCCUGGGAUACUGUUCUCAGAAUCUGCUAAAAUUCUGACAAUGUCUGUGUUGGUGGGAAGCCAUUCUCUACUGAUGGCCCGAGUGUCUGAAAUUCUUCAAGAGCAUGGCCAUCAGGUGACCAAUCUUCAUUAUGUUGAUCAUUUCAUCAAAGGUUUACCAAAAGAAAGAAAAUCACACAAGAUUAUUAGUUGGGUUCCACAUGAAGAUAAUCAGAGAGAAUUACGUAAGGUUGUUGAAUUCCUUUUACAAGAAGCCUUACAUGGAAGGGAAAAAUUUGACAACUAUAUAAAGCUCUAUUAAAUCCUUGGAACUUUAUGCAGUGACUUGCUAAGCUCAAAGGACAUCCUGGAUUCCUUAAGGAAUGAGAAUGUUGACCUGAUGAUUUUGGAUUCAGUAGAUUUCUGCUCUUUGCUGAUUGCUGAGAAACUUGGAAAACCAUUUGUGUGCUUACUUUCCACAGCAUUUGCUAAUGGCAACUUUGGGUUCCCAAGUCCAUUGUCAUAUGUUCCAGUAUACUAUCCACUGCUGAGUGGAGAAAUGGCCUUCUGGGGCCUAGUAAAGAACAUUCUAAAGUCUGUUGCUUUUUCUAUGAAGCAAAAGAAAAAGUACUCUACCUUUGACAACACCAUCAAGCAGCAUUUCGCAGAAGGCUCUAGGCCAGUUUUGGCUCAUCUUCCCCAGAAAACAGAGUUUUGGUUUGUGAAUUCGGAUUUUGCCUUGGAUUUUGUCAGGCCCCUGUUUCCUAACACUGUUUAUAUUGGAGGCAUCCUGGACAAACCUGUAAUGCCAAUACCACAAGAAUUGGAGAACUUCAUUUCUAACUUUUGAAAUUCUGUUUUUGUUCUUGUGUCCCUGGGCUCAAUACUGAACUGGUUUCAGAGCCAAACAUUACUGGAGGAGAUGAACAACACCUUGGCCCUUCUUCCUCAAGGGUUGAUAUGGAACUAGAGUUCUCUUUGGCCCAACAAUUUCAAAUUGGCUACAAAUGUCAAAAUCAUGGAUUGGAUUCCGCAGAAUGACCUCUUGGGACAGUACAAGUCUGCAGCGGUGGCAGCCAGCAUCAUCAGGCACUCCCAGCCCUUCACCCCUGUGCAGCGCCUGGUGGGUUGGAUCGACCACAUCCUCCAGAAUAAGGGUGCAGAGCACCUCAGGCCUUAUACCUUCCAGCAGCCUUGGACUGAGCUGCAUCUGCUCAACAUCUUCCUGUUCCUGCUGGGCUUCACUCUGGGUGUCCUGUGGCUUUGUGGGAAGCUGCUGAGCCUGCUGACCAGGUGGCUAAAGGCAGCCAGGAAGCUGAAGAAGACAUAA